AUGUCAAGAAACCCUUUGGAGGAGACCUCGUUUUCCACUCCAGAGAAACCCAAGGACCCCCAAACAAAGCAAGAUGCCAGUGACCACAGGGACCAGUCUGUCACAUGGAGUAACAAGAAUGAGGAUUUUAAAUCGAAAGUCGUCUUGCUGAAUACUGAGUUCCUUCAGUUGACCAGACACUCUUCAACCGUACAGCAGCUCACAAUUUUGCCUAACAACCGUUCACUUUUUAGCCCUCAAGUCCAGAAGCUUCUAGAGGUGCACAUUCAAAAGAGAGUGCAUUUCCAGAGAUGGGUCUCCCCCAGAGGAAAAGCAGAGCUGAGGAGAACUUCUGAAGAGUCCCCAAACUGCGUUAGCAUGGCUCUGCCUCCUCCUUCCAUCCCAGUCCUGACCAACUCCUGUCCCCUGAAUGGGGGGACUACUCACGUCAAGAAGAACUGUCUGCAACAGAAGUACAGUCAACUGUUCUGCGGUCUCCCCUCUCUGCACAGUGAAUCCCUGAUCCCAGGCUUCCAGGUUUGCAAGGUUACCCCGCCACACUCCCCGAAAAAGCCCAGUAGGGGCAUGGCUGAUGCUCAAGUGCUCCAUGUACAUAUGGAAGUAGAACAGAGAAGCCCAAGCCAAGGGAAGUACUGGAAAGUGGAGCCACAGAGUCCCUGGGAUUGCCGGGCCAAGGGCAUCGGCUCAAGCCCAAACAAGAUAGAAGGCUCCAAAGGAGAAUCAGGGUGGAGGGGAUGCAAGGUGCGGGACCUCUUCUCUCAAAAGGAGGAGCCGAAAAGUUUGGACCGAAGCUCAUCUACGGAAUCCCUGUCAUCCCCACUCCCAGUCCAAACUCCUUCAACUCACACAGCCUCCCUGUCUUCACCCAGGGUCCCAAACUCCUGGACUGAACAGCUCCAGCUGGAGAAGAAGGGCUUUGUAACCAAAAUGUCAAGAAACCCUUUGGAGGAGACCUCGUUUUCCACUCCAGAGAAACCCAAGGACCCCCAAACAAAGCAAGAUGCCAGUGACCACAGGGACCAGUCUGUCACAUGGAGUAACAAGAAUGAGGAUUUUAAAUCGAAAGUCGUCUUGCUGAAUACUGAGUUCCUUCAGUUGACCAGACACUCUUCAACCGUACAGCAGCUCACAAUUUUGCCUAACAACCGUUCACUUUUUAGCCCUCAAGUCCAGAAGCUUCUAGAGGUGCACAUUCAAAAGAGAGUGCAUUUCCAGAGAUGGGGUCUCCAGAGAGUACAGGAAUCAAUCCAACAACUCAUGCCAGAAGCAUGUCAACAUUCUUGCCCUGGCAACCAAAUAGUCCCUUUCUUCCCAAAGGAAGUCUCCAACGUAUCUAUAGCAGAGGUGAAGAUUGCAGCCACCCAUCCCUUGGCACUGCGGGGGACAGAUCAGCCUGCUCAGCCCUUCCUGGGCUCUGAGAUGAUCCCUCCUGUUUUAGGAAAAGCAGAGCUGAGGAGAACUUCUGAAGAGUCCCCAAACUGCGUUAGCAUGGCUCUGCCUCCUCCUUCCAUCCCAGUCCUGACCAACUCCUGUCCCCUGAAUGGGGGGACUACUCACGUCAAGAAGAACUGUCUGCAACAGAAGUACAGUCAACUGUUCUGCGGUCUCCCCUCUCUGCACAGUGAAUCCCUGGUAGCCACCUUUCUGAGGCACGACUGCCUCUCCCCACGCAGUAGCGUCUCCUCUUUGGACAGUACUUUCCUCUUCAAUGAAUUGUCCUUCCUCCCCUUGCUGCCACAUUCUACCCCUCCUCCUUCUCCACCUAUUCUGAUUGGCAACAGCACCAAAGCCCCUGAAAAGACCCAAAUCAAUGUCCCAUUUCUCCCGGUAGCUGAAUGUGAAACCUUGGAGUGGCAUCUACUACAGAGACAGCUCCAAAUGCUAUGGGGUCUACCCUCCUUCAUCCAGAUGAGUCAACAGUCCCAGAGACCCCUCGAUCAUGAACUCUGUGAGGCAGAACGUCCCCAAAUGAAUGUCUCUGUCCUCACAAGGGAGCUUUUUUUCUUGCCGGACCGUGCCAGGAGGCUCCUUGAGCUACAUUUUCAGAAGCGGAUCCUUCAGCAUCAGCUAAGGCCACCUCAGUGCCAGAAGUCUGUUCCCUUGCUUCUGUCCUCAAUUAACCAGCCACAAGUCCCUGAGAGCACCUCGAUCGAAGUGACACUUCCCCAGAAUGAAAAUCCCCAACUCAAGAUGGCUCAAGCACCUGCUCCCAUUAGGACUCCUGCCCAUUUCAUCAAGCCUGAACCCUAUGCCACAGCUAGGGUGACCGUGCAAAUGCACAUAGAGAAAAAAUGUCUGCAGAUCAAACAAGGGAGCUUUCCAGACAUCAUAUCUGGGUCAUGGGACAUUGGGAACCAAUUGUCAGCGGGAGACCCUCCUACCCAGAGAACUUUGGAAGCUGCCCACUCCAAUAUGGAGUCAGAAGGCUUGGCUUUCCAAGAGCCAAAUACAAUAGAAUGGAUGGAGCUGAGUGUGCACCAACAGAAACUAACACCGCUGCAUGAAACCAUGAGGCAGCCAGACCAGGCUGUGACCCUCCCAGAGAGCGUAAUGGAGAAACUGCAAAUGAUUUUGAGACACAAAUACUUGACUUUCUUAUCAGGAUUACCAGCUCUUUAUUAUGUGGCUCUCUAUAGGGCAAUGUCCCCUUUAGCUAUUUCCCAAACGGAUGUGCCUGGCAUGGGGCAAGUAGUAAAGGAACAAAUUGACCCCAUAAGCUACAGGAUAUGGGCUGAAGAACAAUCAGUUCUCCCCAAAGCAGAGAUUAAUGAUUCCACCACGAAUUCUAGGGACACUGGAAAUGAAUUAGUGGUUUCACAACAGAUAAACGUCUCAGAGGCAGUACCAGAAAGAGGAGGUGAUGAGAAGAGUCCACAGGGAAUAGGUGAACAAAGAGGGUUUGACUGCCCACAGCGUCCCUAUUCGCCAAGUAAGUCUGUCAUCUUGGCCAAGAUGGAUUCCCACCUAAGGAAGAAGGUGUUAGAAGUAAGUAUGGGGAUUCCCCAGAAAGCUAUAGACUCUGAAGCUCUGCAAUUUUCUUUACCUGAGCCUGGCUUAGGACAUGUUCCCACAGCUGGUAGUCCAGAAAGCCCCAAAGAACUACAAAGGAUUCUCGGCAGACCAGGGAGCCAAGAGUUCCCAGAAAUGUGCUCAUUACCAGCGGCAAGAGAUGUUGAGGUUCCAAGCUGGACGUAUUUUAAGGAGCAGCUCUCCAAUAAGCUGGAGCUCAGUUUGACGAGAACAUCAGAGUACCAAACUCAAAGCUCCCCCACAGCUCUUUCCCUGACAUCCCCCCAGAUCCCAGGCUUCCAGGUUUGCAAGGUUACCCCGCCACACUCCCCGAAAAAGCCCAGUAGGGGCAUGGCUGAUGCUCAAGUGCUCCAUGUACAUAUGGAAGUAGAACAGAGAAGCCCAAGCCAAGGGAAGUACUGGAAAGUGGAGCCACAGAGUCCCUGGGAUUGCCGGGCCAAGGGCAUCGGCUCAAGCCCAAACAAGAUAGAAGGCUCCAAAGGAGAAGGUCAGGGUGGAGGGGAUGCAAGGUGCGGGACCUCUUCUCUCAAAAGGAGGAGCCGAAAAGUUUGGACCGAAGCUCAUCUACGGAAUCCCUGUCAUCCCCACUCCCAGUCCAAACUCCUUCAACUCACACAGCCUCCCUGUCUUCACCCAGGGUCCCAAACUCCUGGACUGAACAGCUCCAGCUGGAGAAGAAGGGCUGUAACCAAAAUGUCAAGAAACCCUUUGGAGGAGACCUCGUUUUCCACUCCAGAGAAACCCAAGGACCCCCAAACAAAGCAAGAUGCCAGUGACCACAGGGACCAGUCUGUCACAUGGAGUAACAAGAAUGAGGAUUUUAAAUCGAAAGUCGUCUUGCUGAAUACUGAGUUCCUUCAGUUGACCAGACACUCUUCAACCGUACAGCAGCUCACAAUUUUGCCUAACAACCGUUCACUUUAGCCUCAAGUCCAGAAGCUUCUAGAGGUGCACAUUCAAAAGAGAGUGCAUUUCCAGAGAUGGGGUCUCCCCCAGAGAGUACAGGAAUCAAUCCAACAACUCAUGCCAGAAGCAUGUCAACAUUCUUGCCCUGGGAAUCAAAUAGUCCCUUUCUUCCCAAAGGAAGUCUCCAACGUAUCUAUAGCAGAGGUGAAGAUUGCAGCCACCCAUCCCUUGGCACUGCGGGGGACAGAUCAGCCUGCUCAGCCCUUCCUGGGCUCUGAGAUGAUCCCUCCUGUUUUAGGAAAAGCAGAGCUGAGGAGAACUUCUGAAGAGUCCCCAAACUGCGUUAGCAUGGCUCUGCCUCCUCCUUCCAUCCCAGUCCUGACCAACUCCUGUCCCCUGAAUGGGGGGACUACUCACGUCAAGAAGAACUGUCUGCAACAGAAGUACAGUCAACUGUUCUGCGGUCUCCCCUCUCUGCACAGUGAAUCCCUGGUAGCCACCUUUCUGAGGCACGACUGCCUCUCACGCAGUAGCGUCUCCUCUUUGGACAGUACUUUCCUCUUCAAUGAAUUGUCCUUCCUCCCCUUGCUGCCACAUUCUACCCCUCCUCCUUCUCCACCUAUUCUGAUUGGCAACAGCACCAAAGCCCCUGAAAAGACCCAAAUCAAUGUCCCAUUUCUCCCGGUAGCUGAAUGUGAAACCUUGGAGUGGCAUCUACUACAGAGACAGCUCCAAAUGCUAUGGGGUCUACCCUCCUUCAUCCAGAUGAGUCAACAGUCCCAGAGACCCCUCGAUCAUGAACUCUGUGAGGCAGAACGUCCCCAAAUGAAUGUCUCUGUCCUCACAAGGGAGCUUUUUUUCUUGCCGGACCGUGCCAGGAGGCUCCUUGAGCUACAUUUUCAGAAGCGGAUCCUUCAGCAUCAGCUAAGGCCACCUCAGUCAUGCCAGAAGUCUGUUCCCUUGCUUCUGUCCUCAAUUAACCAGCCACAAGUCCCUGAGAGCACCUCGAUCGAAGUGACACUUCCCCAGAAUGAAAAUCCCCAACUCAAGAUGGCUCAAGCACCUGCUCCCAUUAGGACUCCUGCCCAUUUCAUCAAGCCUGAACCCUAUGCCACAGCUAGGGUGACCGUGCAAAUGCACAUAGAGAAAAAAUGUCUGCAGAUCAAACAAGGGAGCUUUCCAGACAUCAUAUCUGGGUCAUGGGACAUUGGGAACCAAUUGUCAGCGGGAGACCCUCCUACCCAGAGAACUUUGGAAGCUGCCCACUCCAAUAUGGAGUCAGAAGGCUUGGCUUUCCAAGAGCCAAAUACAAUAGAAUGGAUGGAGCUGAGUGUGCACCAACAGAAACUAACACCGCUGCAUGAAACCAUGAGGCAGCCAGACCAGGCUGUGACCCUCCCAGAGAGCGUAAUGGAGAAACUGCAAAUGAUUUUGAGACACAAAUACUUGACUUUCUUAUCAGGAUUACCAGCUCUUUAUUAUGUGGCUCUCUAUAGGGCAAUGUCCCCUUUAGCUAUUUCCCAAACGGAUGUGCCUGGCAUGGGGCAAGGGGUAGUAAAGGAACAAAUUGACCCCAUAAGCUACAGGAUAUGGGCUGAAGAACAAUCAGUUCUCCCCAAAGCAGAGAUUAAUGAUUCCACCACGAAUUCUAGGGACACUGGAAAUGAAUUAGUGGUUUCACAACAGAUAAACGUCUCAGAGGCAGUACCAGAAAGAGGAGGUGAUGAGAAGAGUCCACAGGGAAUAGGUGAACAAAGAGGGUUUGACUGCCCACAGCGUCCCUAUUCGCCAAGUAAGUCUGUCAUCUUGGCCAAGAUGGAUUCCCACCUAAGGAAGAAGGUGUUAGAAGUAAGUAUGGGGAUUCCCCAGAAAGCUAUAGACUCUGAAGCUCUGCAAUUUUCUUUACCUGAGCCUGGCUUAGGACAUGUUCCCACAGCUGGUAGUCCAGAAAGCCCCAAAGAACUACAAAGGAUUCUCGGCAGACCAGGGAGCCAAGAGUUCCCAGAAAUGUGCUCAUUACCAGCGGCAAGAGAUGUUGAGGUUCCAAGCUGGACGUAUUUUAAGGAGCAGCUCUCCAAUAAGCUGGAGCUCAGUUUGACGAGAACAUCAGAGUACCAAACUCAAAGCUCCCCCACAGCUCUUUCCCUGACAUCCCCCCAGAUCCCAGGCUUCCAGGUUUGCAAGGUUACCCCGCCACACUCCCCGAAAAAGCCCAGUAGGGGCAUGGCUGAUGCUCAAGUGCUCCAUGUACAUAUGGAAGUAGAACAGAGAAGCCCAAGCCAAGGGAAGUACUGGAAAGUGGAGCCACAGAGUCCCUGGGAUUGCCGGGCCAAGGGCAUCGGCUCAAGCCCAAACAAGAUAGAAGGCUCCAAAGGAGAAGUCAGGGUGGAGGGGAUGCAAGGUGCGGGACCUUUCUCUCAAAAGGAGGAGCCGAAAAGUUUGGACCGAAGCUCAUCUACGGAAUCCCUGUCAUCCCCACUCCCAGUCCAAACUCCUUCAACUCACACAGCCUCCCUGUCUUCACCCAGGGUCCCAAACUCCUGGACUGAACAGCUCCAGCUGGAGAAGAAGGGCUUUGUAACCAAAAUGUCAAGAAACCCUUUGGAGGAGACCUCGUUUUCCACUCCAGAGAAACCCAAGGACCCCCAAACAAAGCAAGAUGCCAGUGACCACAGGGACCAGUCUGUCACAUGGAGUAACAAGAAUGAGGAUUUUAAAUCGAAAGUCGUCUUGCUGAAUACUGAGUUCCUUCAGUUGACCAGACACUCUUCAACCGUACAGCAGCUCACAAUUUUGCCUAACAACCGUUCACUUUUUAGCCCUCAAGUCCAGAAGCUUCUAGAGGUGCACAUUCAAAAGAGAGUGCAUUUCCAGAGAUGGGGUCUCCCCCAGAGAGUACAGGAAUCAAUCCAACAACUCAUGCCAGAAGCAUGUCAACAUUCUUGCCCUGGGAAUCAAAUAGUCCCUUUCUUCCCAAAGGAAGUCUCCAACGUAUCUAUAGCAGAGGUGAAGAUUGCAGCCACCCAUCCCUUGGCACUGCGGGGGACAGAUCAGCCUGCUCAGCCCUUCCUGGGCUCUGAGAUGAUCCCUCCUGUUUUAGGAAAAGCAGAGCUGAGGAGAACUUCUGAAGAGUCCCCAAACUGCGUUAGCAUGGCUCUGCCUCCUCCUUCCAUCCCAGUCCUGACCAACUCCUGUCCCCUGAAUGGGGGGACUACUCACGUCAAGAAGAACUGUCUGCAACAGAAGUACAGUCAACUGUUCUGCGGUCUCCCCUCUCUGCACAGUGAAUCCCUGGUAGCCACCUUUCUGAGGCACGACUGCCUCUCCCCCAGCAGUAGCGUCUCCUCUUUGGACAGUACUUUCCUCUUCAAUGAAUUGUCCUUCCUCCCCUUGCUGCCACAUUCUACCCCUCCUCCUUCUCCACCUAUUCUGAUUGGCAACAGCACCAAAGCCCCUGAAAAGACCCAAAUCAAUGUCCCAUUUCUCCCGGUAGCUGAAUGUGAAACCUUGGAGUGGCAUCUACUACAGAGACAGCUCCAAAUGCUAUGGGGUCUACCCUCCUUCAUCCAGAUGAGUCAACAGUCCCAGAGACCCCUCGAUCAUGAACUCUGUGAGGCAGAACUUGUCCCCAAAUGA